CAGGAUAAGCUAUCAGCAGAGAGUCUGAAUCAGUCAGUCAUUGGCCGGGUCACUGGUUCAUCGCUCACUCUGCCUUUUGCUGUUUUACAGUUUGGUUCAGACGAUUCACUGUUGUCUCUGGAAUUCCGUUCACCCUCCUUCGGAUAUAUUUCUGACAGCGUGUGAUCGGUGAGAUGGUGUGAUCGGAGACACGGACACAGCUCCGGUCAGGAGAGAGAGACAGAGAGAUCCAGCACAGAUUGCGUGACGUAACGCACCAAAGGUUUAAAAGAAAGACUGCCAUAUACAGCGGCCAUCAUCGUAGCGGCCAUCGUCAGAGUGGACUGAGGCAGAGAGGGUCGACUUUGGCUCAAUCAGGCUUCAGCAAGAGGCGAGGUUUGAACGGGACACGACUGCGCAAGCGCGUGAAAGUUGGCCUCUGAGAUCAGCGGGGGAAUUUAAAAAGCGAGCAGAGGCUGAGGACGAGCUUCACUCCAGGUGAGGUAAGGCCGGAUUAUAUAUUGGGCACUAGUCUUCAUAUAACCACAAAAAUAAUCAUCUUCCAGGAGUGAUGCCUCAAAAAGUUGGCAUCCAUCAUUAAGGAUUCCUCCCACUGAGGACAUGCUCUCUUCUCAUGGCUACCAUCAGAAAGGAGGUACAGGAGACUGAAGGCUCAAACUCAGUGACUCAGUAAUACCUUCUUCUCCUCUGCAAACAACUUCUGAAUGAACAUUGAAUCCAUGAACAUGACCUCAUGACUAUUUUCACACUACUUAUUUAAUUUAACUAUAUAUAUAGUUUAAGUAUUUAUUUACUUUAAGUAUAUAUAUUCUAUUCAUUCCAUGUAAUUUACAGUAAACAUAAAUGCUGUCAUUCAGUUUUUACUAUUAUGUAUUGCAAUGUACUGCUGCCACAUAACAACAAAUUUUAUGACAUAUGCUGUUGAUAUUAAAUGUGAUUCAGCUUCUGGUUCUGAAAUUUUUCAGAUAAGUGCAAGUUGAAAGAUUUUUAAUGUUAACUUUUGUUGAAGAUUGGGGAAAAAUUGUUGAAGACAAUUACGUCCAUAUUGGAGCCCUACUUUCCUGAAAACAUGGAAAUCGAUCUAACUAUAGAAAGAAUAUGGAAAGAAAUUCUCUUGGACGCUCCAGACUGGUUAAAGAAAUCAUCGGAUUAUGUUGUGGAACUACGUUUAAUGGCUGAUUCCAUUGAUGAAUAUCAUAAAGAUGCUACCAAAGCAAACUUUACAGGCACUUGCGUGGGAGCAGUCGGUGGAAUUUUAAGUAUUGCAGCACUUGUUGCCCCCUUCACUGCGGGUAGCUCGUUGGUACUUGCUGGGCUGGGAGUGGCAGCAGGUGUUGUUGGCGGGGCCACUAACGUUGUAGCCAGUGUUUCUGAUAAUAAUAAUCAAGUCAGCAAACAGAAAAGAGUAAAUGAAAUUGUAGAAGACUAUGAAAAAGUGACCAAAAACCUGACUGAGAAAUUAACUCAGUUAAAUGAUGCAUUAAAAUUAAUGCUUGAACUUGAGGAGAAAAACUUACCAAAUGUGGCACUUAUUGGCACCGCUCGAGGUCUCAUGAACAGCCUGAGUUUUAUGACUAUAAUGUUCACAAGGAGAGCCGUAACUGUACUCAAAAAUCUUUCAGGAAUUUUGGCAUUGCUCACUGUAGCAUGGGAUUUUUUCUCCAUAAUAAAUGAUUUACAGGAACUUGGAAAACAGAGAACUGAGAUUUCUCGGAUGAUCCGAGAGGUAGCUAACCAGAUUGAAAAAGAAAGAGACAAUUUUGAGAAAGAAUAUUCAAAGUGGAAAGAUUGUAAGAAGCUGAAUAAAUAAUAUUGAUCAGUGAGCGUACAGAGAUCGCAUUGAAAUUUUCUUCAAGAUUUAGUAUCCACUCUAGCCGAAUUGGCAGGAAUUUCUUACUCAGUACAUUCAGCCCUUCCUUUAAACCUAACAGCUUUAAUAUUGGUUUCUAUUAUUCAGGUGUUUAAAUUCCUAAUGUGGCUUGGCAAUUGCUUAUCCAUUAUUUUGGUCCUACAUUGGCUCAGGAGCAACAACAUAUCAGUUUUAUAAUCCUCAGGUCUGAGCUUAUCUGCUGUGUUUCUCUUUUUUCCUCCAGUUUUGGAACCAUCCUCAAUUUUGUGUUUAUCAGUUGCUGGGAUUGGAUACUUCACCCACUGCCUUCAUUCCAUUAGCAAUCUAGACCCAAAGAAAUGAGAUUUCCUCAGCAAAAAUAACAUUAUUAAAGGGGUAUCCCUGCCACUUAACACAAAGUUCAGGACAGAUAUGUUUUGUCAUUUAAUCUUCUGGCAAGUUGUAUAUUCAUGGAGCCAUCCCUCAACACAGAAACAAAAGGGCUCUAAUUUGGAUAACUGGAGUUUGUGCUCAGAGGCUUUGGAACUGACUCCUGUACUGAAUAUUCAAAGGGGUUCUGCCAGUUGGGAUGUGCUAGCAUUGUAAAUAAGCAGAGAUACUUGACUAUAUUCAACAAGUUUAAAAUUAAACAGGCACUGAGAAUAGGAGAUGGUGGGACACAUCAUCAGUGAUGUAACCUGGGUCAUAGGGUGUUUAAGGACUUUUAACAUCGGACACCUUGCACAGACAACCGUGUCAUGGUUGAUCCAGGCUCUGGCUUGUUUCUGAGCAGCUGUGGUCCAUGGGUCACAUCUCUUCAACCAUAGCCAUCUGGAGGAUGGUCAUUGAAAUUGUAGUUCAUGGUUUACUGUUAUCAUUGUGUUUCUUUUUCUGUAACAAAAUAAACUUUAUUCAUAAUAGAAAA